AUGCAACAACUUGUUAAUUCGCAAUUGAAAGCCAUUACUUAAAUUCUGCCGAGUUUUCCGUCGAGUUUUGCGUGAAGUCAAAAAUGGCUUUACCAACCUGUUUUACCUUAUACCUCCUCCAUCCUCGUUAAUACCUAUUUAUAAUCCCAGUGUUGUAUGCAUCUCUGAUAUAAAUACACAUUCUAAAUAUAAAAUAGUCCCAGCUUUCCGUCCGCCGUGCUCGGCAAACGACCCGUCCGCAGCAUCAAUCGAAUAAAAUUUCCUCAAGCCCCAAAGCCCUCAAAAUCAGCGCUCGCACAACCGAUUUCCCCGAUCGAAACCAUGCAACGUCAAGUGUGCGCCCCAACCUUGCUUUACCAAAAUUGUGUUUAGUGCGUGUGCGAAAUGUCGCAAGGAACGCAGUUAAAACGCAGCCAAAAGACGGAGUUUUCGCCGAUUGUGACCCGCGAACGCAGCUUCGUUCGCCCAAAUAAAGACCCGCAGAAGAGGCGCAGCCACACGAUGGCCACCAUCAAAGGCAAGCCCACGAUGGAAAUCUACAGGCCGCCGAACGUGCGGACCGACAUUCCCAACUCGGGGGGAAAACUGAACGUGCACGCGAAGGAGUUCACAAUGAGCCCGCACGAGCUGCAGCCGUCGAAGUCGAGCGGGAACCUGGCCGGGAACUUCGACGCCAUCCAGCUGCAGCAUUCGAAAUCCAGCGGGAACAUCCUGAGGCACCCCACCUUGAUCCCCAUCAUUUCCACGCCCUUGCCUCUCCCUCUGCUCCACUCGACGUCCUCCUCGCACAUUUUGAACCUCCCGAGGGUUAACUACCAAUUCGGGAACGAAAUUCUGGCUCAUAGUAUCUUCGCUCCGAAGCAAACUCCCGUCCAGACCAACUGGAAUAACUACCAGCAAAGCAACAAUCUGGCCAAUUUGAAGCGUUCCAAAAGUCUAGGCGCCUCAGAUUCGCACAAUUUGGCCGCGAAACUCAAAGAAAUGGCGAAGGAAGACAUCGAUGUUGGGAUUUUCCCCAGCGAGCACCAAGCUAACUUGAAACUAGCCAUGGAGGACCCCAACCAGAUCUCCUCCCGGGUCAUGAUGGACCUGGUGAAAGUGAUAAUGGAGCAAGUGGUGGAAGGGAUGCGGUUUUGCGAAGCUGGGGCCAAGCUGUGUGUGGCCAUCAUCGAAAAGGAGCAAAACCAGACGUUCCUGGAAUCCCUGCUGAACAUGUGCCAGCAGUGGUACCAGGAGCGGGACAAAAUCCUGCGGGGGGUGAAGGCCGGAGACGGCACCAGGUUCACAGCGUUCAUGUGGUUCCUGACGGAGAUGUGCGGCCAGCUGAAGCGGCACCACAUCCGGGAGCAGUACGAGGCGCUCCAGCCCGACCUGGUGCUGCUCUCGGUGCUGGCCAAGUGCUGCCAGGCGUGCGUCAGUUUGCCCAUCAAGUGUCUGGCGGAGACGGAGUGCCUGUUCUUUGUGCUGACGUCCAUCGGGAGGGAUCUGGAGACGGAGUUGCCCCAGCAGCUGGAGCAGCUGCUGGCAAGUGUGAGGGAUGGGUUUCUGGCCAGUGCUGGGGCGCCGGCUGUCAGACGCACGCUUCUGCAGCUGAUUGAGUUGCAUGCGUCCAAUUGGCAGCUGCCGGGAUCGUCGGUUCUGUAUUAUUAUCCCAGGAUAAAGUGAAGGAGGAAAUUGGCGGGACGUGGACCAAGAGAUUGUGUGCGUGUGUGUGUGUGGAGGUGAAAGUUUUAUUUAUGUGCUGUAACAUUUAUUCACAAAACACUGUAAGAAUUUUUAACAAUAAAAUUUUACAAACCA